ACAUCUUUCAAAAAGGGAAAAAAAUGUCUUGUAUAUUUUAAUGAUGAUUAUCUUAAAAUUUUUGUCUUAGUAUUGGUAACAACAAUCCUUUUUAAAGUAUCCUAAUUUAUUAUGAGCUUUAAUAAUUUUCUGUAAAAUGUUUACCAAAUGCUUCAAGUCAUUAAUGUUAAAUAAUUCCCGGUAUUUACUACGAUCUAAAAUUUAUUCAACGAAUACUGCAAUUACACCGAAUGACGGAGUCCUUCUGAGUGAAACCUGUGUGAAGAGACUGAAAGAGCUAUGUACUGAUAAGAUCUUUUUGAGAUUAUGCGUUGAAAGCGGCGGCUGUUCAGGCUUCCAGUAUAAAUUUCAUCUAGAUGACCAGCUAUCAAAUGAGGAUAAGAUCUUUGAAAAGGAAGGUGUUAAGUUAGUUAUUGAUGAGACAUCAUUGGAUUACAUCAAGGGUUCAACUAUAGACUACCAUACAGAAUUAAUAAGAUCUGCUUUUAGAGUUGUGCAGAAUCCAAAUGCAGACAUUGGCUGCUCAUGUGGUGCCAGUUUUUCCAUCAAAAUUGAGUAGACUUGACAUGUCAUAAUUCUACUAUUUGUACAAAUGUAAUAUAUAGCUCUAGAUUAGGUUAUUAAUUAUAUAGUGAAAUCUUUAAUCCAUUGUUUUUUUGUAUGUAAGAACAAAAAUUGUAUCUUUUUCAUUUUAUUUACUGUACAUACUGGUCAAAGAUAGCAGAUGACAAUUGAUUGAGAAUUGUGGUGGUAAAUUAAGUAUAGUGUGUUAAAUUUUUAAUUGAAAGGGAACUGAAUAUUGAUUAGUAAUAGUUAUGAUGAAUUCUUUUAAUAGACACACAAAGUAAAUAUUUGAUUUUGAAUUUUUUACUUAUUCUGGAAAAAUGUGACAUUAAAAAUGGUUCAUUAUUGCGAAGGGUUCUUGUUUGUAGUCAUCUAUAUAACCUCAUAACGGACAUAUGAUGAAUUACCAAUAAUCUUGCAAAAUAAAUAACUCGCUAAAAUUCUCUGACAUCAAUUAAGCGUAAAAAUAUGUAAUAUAUAUAAUAUGCUAUAAAAAUAUAUUGAUAUUUUAUUUUAACUAAAAUGUAUUAUAAAUUAGUUAUGCUUUUAAAAAAGAAGGGUAAAACUGGUUUUAUUAAUUUAUGUAUAGAGUAGGUGAAUAUUGGUUACAGUUUAUUGCAUAAAUUUUAGUCAAUACAGGACUAACUUAGCCAUUGUGUGUAGUGAAUAAAUUCAAAACAGCUAACUGAUAUUGAAAAUUCAUAUACUUAUAGGAUAACUAUAUCUGGUGUGAUUUCUCACAUAAAGUAUAGUUAUAGCUAUUUAGAAAAUUUAUAGCUGUUAUUAACUAUAUCUAAACAUGGUAUUUAAAAAAAUUCAACUCGG